UGAAAAUAUGUUUUAUACUGUCACAACUAUUCAAUUUAAUAUGAGAUGUAUCUGAAAUGUAUAUGGUUUGUAUUUGAUUAACUAAACUAUAUGCGAGCCUUAUCAAAUACACCUUAUAUUACAGAAGUUCUGAAAUGAUUAAAAGUUAUCGGAGAACAGACGGGGGAUGGGGUUGGAUUGUUGUUGCUGGAGCUUUCUGUUCACACGUUAUCACGUUCGGCAUAAUCUAUUCAUUCGGGAUACUCUUUCUUUCAUUGGAAGAAAACUUCGACGGAACCAAGUCGGAAAUCGCAUGGAUUCCUUCACUCACUUCCGGGUCCCUACACUCGUCAGGUCUGUUAGCUAGCAUACUGGUCAAUCGGUUUGGAUGUAGAGUUGUUACUUUAAUUGGUGCCAUCACGUGUUCCAUCGGGUACAUACUCAGCAUUUUUGCAACAAAUAUUUACUGUUUAUACGUGACAAUGGGCUUAAUUGCAGGUUGUGGCUUUGGUAUGGUAUUUAUGCCUGCAGUUUUAAUAGUAACACAGUACUUCAGCAGAUUAAGAUCACUGGCAUGUGGUAUAGCAUUAUCGGGUUGCGGAAUAGGUGCAUUCAUAUUCAGCCCUUUGCUGAAAAUAGUAUUGGACGAGUAUUCAUUGAAAGGGACUUUACUUAUAUUGUCAGCCAUUAUGCUCAACUGUAUUUCUUGCGGAUUACUGUUUCUCCCUAUAUCGCCUGAACAAGUUGUGCAAACAAAACAGAGUAAUGAGAAAAGUGAGAAUGCGGACGAACUUUAUUCUCUUGUUGAUCAUGAACGUAACGCUAAAGAUACAACAUGUGCCAAAGAUUUUGAAGAUGGUAAAAAUGAAUACAUGGAAUGUACUAAAGAAACAUACUUUCCAAAAGCUUCAAAUGCAGAUGAAUCAGACGUUGUGUUUAAUGAUAAUAUGACAAUCAGCGAUGUAAGAGGUAAAGAAGAUGAUGAUGACACGGUGCGCGUGGGAAAUUCUUUGAACAAAUCGGACGAAUUUGUGAUAGAACACAUAAUUAUUGAGCAGUGUGACAGACUUCACAAAAUAGAUGAGAGAAGUAACUCUAAGUCUACGGUUGCAAUAUAUUUUGAACUUAUGAAAAGAGGUGAAAUGGUGAUUUUCUUCAUCUCACAGUUCCAUUUUAUAUUUGGAUUUUAUCUGCCUUUCAUCUUUAUACCAGAUAAGGCGAAGGGUCUAGGAAUCAGCGAGAAAAGUUCUGCUUGGGUUGCCUCUGUCAUUGGAAUAUCAAGUAUAUGUGGCAGAAUUAUCCUAGGUUAUAUUGCUGACAGGCCCUCGGUAAAUAGACUGCUUAUGUUCAAGAUCACCCUACUGAUAUCUGGGAUAAGUACAGCAUUAGGUCCGGUGCUGAACAGUUUGUGGCUGAUGAUGCUGUACGCAGUAAUUUACGGCGUAUCAACAGGGUUUACAAUUUCUGUUACAUCUGUUAUAUUAUUUGACCUAGUUGGACUUGAAUAUUUGGCAGAAGCUUUAGGGAUGGUCUCUUUAUUCAGUGGAGUUGGCUCAGUUUUGGGACCACCAUUUGCAGGAUUUUUGUACGACUCGACUGGAAGUUAUACGGCGCCUUUCCUAGCAUCAGGGGCGUCAAUGUCAUUAGCUGGUGUAUUAAUGUUCCUGCCACCCUUGUUUGGUAGAAAACAAAAAUAAAUUUACAAAAAAAACAGGGUUAUUUUUUGAAAAUUUAGAAACGAAAUUAUUUCACUUUUAAAAUGGAGAAAAUGGAAGAACAAAAGGCCGCACGCUCGGUUCGAUUAAGCCUGUUCACGGACGGAAGCAUAAAUGCAAGUUAUAGUCCACGUCCACUUGCCCCGGGUUGAGCAGAACGUAACAUUUACCGGUACAUCUGUUACAAGUAUUAAAAUAACAUUUAGCCAUUCUAGAAGUCAGUAUCAAAAUAGAAGACAAAGCCUCGAUGUACAUGUCGCUUUAGGAACUAAACAAAAUGAGUAGCAGCAAAACUUUGUUUAGAAUGAAUUUUAUGCCUUACAUUGAUUGACUCAGUGUUUUACAUUGAUAGGUUCAGUGUUUUACAUUGAUUGAUUCAGUGUUUUACAUUUAUUGAUUCAGUUUUUUACAUUGAUAGAUUCAGUGUUUUACAUUGAUUGAUUCAGUGUUUUACAUAGAUAGUUUCAGUGUUUUAAAUUGACUGAUUCAGUGUUUUACAUUGAUAGAUUCAGUGUUUUACGUUGAUUGAUUCAGUGUUUUACAUUUAUGGAUUCAGUUUUUUAUAUUGAUAGAUUCAGUGUUUUACAUUAUUGAUUCAAUGCUAUUAUUGUUUAUGGUCUAUUAGAUCACAGUGUCUGUUCAAAUUUACUUUGACCCCAAGCCGUUGAUAAGGUAAGUUAAGAACGAAGUACAAAAUGUAAAGUGGGAUUUCGUAGCAUUAUGUUCAAUGUUAGUGAAAUACACGUCUGCUGCCGUCAUGAUUUAUCAACAAUCACAAAAUUUUGUACUUACAUUUAUUUAUCGGUGUAGAAAUUUUGACCGAUUCCGUUGGAGUGCUUAUGCGAAUUACCGUUAAUUUGUCGUAAAAAUACCAAAUAGUUCCGAUAAGUCAACAUCUAGAAGUUCCAAACAGAAUGUCAACUAAGAAGUUUUAACCUGCAGCCUGAAGAUAUAAGUCAACAAUUCGAAAUAUAUCCAUGGUGAUGAGAGGCUUCAUUAAAAAUGAAAAAGA